UGCCGCUUCCUGCGGGAUGGAUACAGGACCCCUAAAGAGGACCCCAACCGCCCCUACUACGAGCCUGCAGAGCUGAAGCUGUUUGAAAACAUCGAGUGCGAGUGGCCCCUCUUCUGGGCAUACCUGAUCAUCGACGGGAUUUUCAGUGGAAACAUGGAGCAGGUGCAGGAGUACCGGGAAGCCCUUGAGGGGGUUCUCAUCAAGGGGAAGAAUGGGGUGCGCCUGGUGCCGGAGCUGUACAGCGUUCCACCAGAUAAGGUGGAUGAGGAGUACAGGAACCCUCACACUGUGGACAGGAUACCCAUGGGCAAGCUGCCACUCAUGUGGGGGCAGUCCCUCUACAUCCUGGGCUGCCUGAUGGCUGAGGGGUUUCUAGCUCCUGGUGAAAUAGAUCCCCUCAACCGCCGGUUUGCAACUGUCCCCAAGCCUGAUGUGGUGGUCCAAGUGUGCAUCCUGGCAGAGACAGAGGGGAUCAAGGCGGCCCUGAGGAAGGAGGACAUCGAUGUGGAGACUGUGGCAGACGUCUACCCCAUCCGAGUGCAGCCUGCUCGCAUCCUUAGCCACAUCUAUGCCCGGCUGGGCCGCAACAAGAAGAUGUGCCUGACGGGACGGCCCUAUCGGCACAUGGGCGUCCUCGGGACCUCCAAGCUCUACAACAUCAGGAAGAACAUCUUUACGUUCACCCCACAGUUCAUAGACCAGCAGCAGUUCUACCUGGCUCUUGACAACAGGAUGAUUGUGGAGAUGCUGAGGACAGACCUCUCGUACCUCUGCAGCCGCUGGAGGAUGACCGGACGGCCGACCAUCACCUUCCCCAUCUCCCACACCAUGCUCGAUGAAUCUGGCAGCAGUGUGCACCCCACAGUGCUGGCGAUGCUGCGGAAGCUGCAGGAUGGGUAUUUUGGUGGUGCAAGGAUCCAGACGGGUAAGUUGUCAGAGUUCCUGACAACGUCAUGCCGAACGCACCUCAGCUUUAUGGACCCUGGGCCAGAGGCAGACACGUACGAUGAGGUUGCUCAGUACCUGGACCACUUGCUGCAGCGCACAGCUCCGCAGGUGAACCUGCCUCCCACCGCACAGCGGGGAGGCCUGAGCCGCUUCCGUGCUGCCGUCCACACCACCCGUGACCUCAUGUCCUUAGCGUCCAAGGCCAAGGACCUUCAUGUCCAGAAUGUUGGGAUGUAUGUCCCCAGCAAGAUCUUCCAGGCAUCCCAGCAGUCAGUCAAGCUGCUGGGUUCACCUCACCAGCAUGAUGUGGAUGGCAAGAGCCACACACUCUAUGCAGAGAUGAACCUGCCCCGCGAUGAGGAUGGCAGCGUGGACUGCAAGACACUGGUGGACCAGCUGCGUGUCUGCCCUACGCUGCAGGAGCAAGCAGACAUCCUCUACAUGCUCCACAUCCUCAAAGGACCCGAGUGGCACACAGGGCUUGACAGUGAGCCUGGCCCCACAGUGAAGGAGCUCCUCACUGAGCUGUACAUGCGGGUGGGGGACACACGCCAGUGGGCCCUGAUCCGCUACAUCUCUGGCAUCCUCAAGAAGAAGGUAGAAGCUCUGGAUGAGGCUUGUACUGACCUCCUGUCUCACCAGAAGCACUUGACAGUGGGACUGCCCCCAGAGCCGCGUGAGAAGACAAUUUCUGCCCCGAUCCCCUACGAGGAGCUUGUUCACCUCAUUGAUGAAGCCAGUGAGAAGAACCUCAGUGUGUCCAUCCUUACCCAGGAGAUAAUGGUGUACUUGGCCAUGUACAUGCGCACACAGCCUGCGCUAUUCACUGAGAUGUUCCGCAUUCGUAUCGGGCUCAUCAUUCAGGUGAUGGCGACAGAGCUGGCACACUCCCUGCGCUGCUCAGCUGGAGAAGCUACUGAGAACCUGAUGAAUCUCAGCCCGUCAGACAUGAAGAGCCUCCUCUACCACAUCCUCUCUGGCAAGGAGUUUGGUGUGGAAAGGAGCGUGCGAUCAGUCGACUCGUCGCUCACCACUGCUAUCUCCAUCUGUGAGGUGGGGGCUGUCGGGGUCACCAAGCACGACCGUUCCGGCAUCAUCAGGCUGAAAAGCGAGAUCAAGCAGCAACUGGAUAAACGUAGGCAGUCUCUGCCUGGAAGUAAGCCCCUUGGUUUGCAGUCUGGGGACACUGACCUCAAGUCCUCUCUGUCUCCUGGGCACACGGAGCUGCUGGGCCAGGGCUCCUUUUCAAGCAUGCUGGAAGACCAGGGCAGCAAGGACAGCCGCCAGGGCCAGUGGCAGCGGAGACGGCGGCUGGAUGGGGCCCUCAACCGUGUCCCUGUGGGCUUCUACCAGAAGGUCUGGAAGGUUCUGCAAAAGUGCCAUGGCCUUUCUGUGGAGGGCUUUGUUCUCCCCUCAUCAACCACCAGAGAGAUGACCCCUGGAGAAAUGAAGUUUGCUGUGCAUGUGGAGUCGGUCCUCAACCGUGUGCCCCAGCCAGAGUACAGGCAGCUGCUGGUGGAGGCUAUCUUAGUGCUCACUAUGUUGGUGGACAUGGAGGUGCACACCAUCGGCAGCAUCAUAGCUGUGGAAAGGAUCUUGCACAUGGCCAAUGACCUCUUCUACGAGGAGCAGAAAGCCCUGGGUGCUGACGAGCACAUGCUGGAGAGGGAUCCAACGACAGGCAUCUGCAGCAUGCUGUACGACAGCGCGCCGAGUGGGCGGUUUGGCACCAUGACCUACCUGUCCAAGUCAGUGGCCAUGUACGUGUACGACUUCCUGCCUGCCGACGGCUGCUCCAUGCAGUAG